CCAGUUUUUAAGAAAAUGUCUACCCAGCGGAUGCUAGAGUAUGCCUAGUAGAUUUCUAUUUAUUUACUAGACUACACAGCCAGUACACAGGCCAAAAGUCUCUACAAAAUUGUAUGACUGUGUAGCAGUAAGGUGUUUAGUCCAGAAAGCGAAGAAGUUUAAAAAAAAAAUAAUGGUUUGGAUGUAAAAUUCAGUAUGGCUUCAGUUACCAGUCAUUCAGAUAUAGAACCAGAUGCUCGUCCAGAAAUCGAGCAGGAAAAUUCAAGUGUGAACAGUUCAUCUGCCUUAAGGAGCACAGCAUAUUUGCAGUCAGCUAGACCUAUUUCAAGUAGUGAUGAUCCUGAAUAUUUAAGAUAUCUUUUUCUGUUUCCUGAUGAAUUGCGAGAGGAUAAUAUAGAUAUUUUAAUCAUAAAUGCUGAAAAUGAUAGUAAUGCUGCAAGGUCAUUUAAAAAACACUUAGAAAAGGACAUUAUUGUGCAUGUUAAUGGCAUGACCUUACAGCCACGAGUUAAACUUUUAGAAGAUUUUCGCAUUGGAUCAUCUCUGGAAUAUUUGGAUUUUGCUUUUAGUAAAACUUUGUAUGUGUUCCUUUAUGUAACCAAAGAGUUUUGUAGCUGUACCUGGAGUUUACUCAAAGGCCAGGCCUGUUUAGUAGAGGCCAUACAGGACAAGGAAAAAAAAUGGUGUGUGAUCCCUGUUCACACAAAAUCACGUAAAAAUCAAGACUAUAAGCUUCCCAUGAUGCUUGGAAGCUUAAGACCCAUCAACUACUGGGUUGACGAUAUUGAUCAGUUUUACUCUGAAGGUGUGAGAAAAUUGUUAGAUUCUAGAAUAAGGCUUCUUCUAGAAAGAGAUAUUACUUUACAAAAACAAAGAUUGGAAUAUUUUAACGCAAAUAGACAAAAGCUUUUACAGUUAAGCAAUCGUUCAAAAACAAAUUAUGCAACUUCAGCUUCACCCAUUCAAAGAAAAUAUCCAGCACAAGCAGAGGAUGAGCAACCACAGAAAGUUCAAACUGUCACUUCCUUAACCUGUAGUAGUGCAUCUAGUGGUAAAACGAGUAGUUCUCAUGUGUCAGGACUGUUUAGAAAUCUUGGCCUAGGUGGUCACUCUAAUAAAACCUCUGAUAUUGUAGAGAAUAGUAUUAGUCAUUUCUCUGGUGAAAUGGAACCAGAAAACAAGCCAUCUAUUUCAUUGCCCACUGUGGAAGCUGCUACAGCUUAUCAAUCCAUUACAGUUGAUGGACCUUGUGUAGUAGAACCUCAGAACAAUUCAUCACCUGAUUGCUCAGUAGAAUCAGAGAGACAAUCUGAAACUAUUUCUGAACAGAAUUCAUUAAAUAUUAGUAUUCGCACUGAGACGGCAACCAUUCAGCAACAAGGAACUUCUCAGGACAGCUCAAGACUCAGUGUUACAAAUCCUUCACUCUCUUCUAAUAUGUCUACCCCUUUAUUGCCUAGCCGCGAUGCUGGUUUUGGUUCUCAGUCCAUUACCGCUGAUGGACCUAGUGUAAUAGAACCUGUGAACAUGUCUACAACUUCUCAAGAAGAUUCAAGAUUCUGCAUUAUCAAUCCAUCACUCUCAACUAAUAUGUCCAGUCUGGGUGCUGCUACAGCUUCUCAAUCCAUUACCAUUGAUGGGCCCAGUAAUAUAAACAGUGAAACAGAUCCCAGACCAUCAAGAAAUGUGCCAAUGGCCAAUAGUACAACAUAUGUGUCAGGUUUUCCACAAAACGUCUCACCUCGUGAACACAGACCAACUCCAAUGAACUAUCCCCCCCAUGUUCCAUAUUACCCUUAUUAUCCUUCACAUUAUUCACCCAUUUAUCCACCCCCAUCAUUUCCUGUGCCGGUUCCACAAUAUUAUAUCCCUUAUCCUGUUUCUCAACCAUCAGGACCUAAUCCUGGUUUUCAACAAGCACACCAUUUUGCCCCACAGCAACCUUAUCCUGCUCCUCAACAUUCAGUGCCUAACACUGCAGCUCAGCAUCAAGGUCCUCACUCUAUGUCAGAUAACUCUUUUAGUUCUAUGGAUGUGAAUGUUUCAAACCCUCUUACAAGUUCACACUUCCCAUCUUUUUUACCACCUUAUUACAUGAGCUACAACCCUUAUACAUACAGUAUGCAGCAUCAACUUCCAAAUAAUCCUCCAUACCAAGUGCAGCCACCUCAAACAGCAAACAGCACAGUGUCUGGUCUGCCCUCUAGAGAAAAUCCCAGUACUGUAGCUUCAGGAGGAGAGAGGGAAACAGGACAAUUCACAAACCAGAGUCCCAGUGGUUCAGGUGAAGCAGUGGUGCAGCACAUACACCAUCAUCAUCAUCACAAGAAAGAAAUUACAGUACAGAAUGCUACUAAUUUGGUCAUUGGGGACCAGUCAAAGUUUAUCAAAUAUGCUGCCACAACAUCACCAAAUGAUGAUGAUGAUGAUGAUGAGACUGAUAUCACUGUCACUACAGCAGAUUCUAGCCUUGGGCCAACAAAUACUGAAAGAACACCCAAACCUAAUGCCAGUCACCAGAACCAGAGUGUACCAUCUGCUGAUGGAGCUAGAGCAUCUCAAGUGACAACUCCACCAGCAGUAAACUCAGCCAAUGAAGCAGUGAGUCAUCCAAUGGGUUUUGCUGAAAUUUCUGUCCCUCCAAGCAUCAAAGAUCCAGUAGAGGACUCAGAACUGGCAGUGGAACAGGGUAUUGAUGAUUUAAGCCGCCAAACUUUUGUUAAGAAAUUUAUUUCAUAAAUUGAUGUAUUUUACUGUUUAUCUCAAAGAAAAAUUCAGUACAAUAAGUGGUGUAAUACAGAUGACAUUCCACUAUUUUGCGUGUUUCUCUCUGUUGAUUCAGUUAUCUUCCUAAUCAGUUAACUAUAAAAAAAGAAUUUUCAUUACUCCCAUCCUGCAGUCAUUGUCUAUUGUAAUCUACAACUUUGGCAAUAAGAAAUCAAUGCUUCCUUUUCCUAGGUUAUUUAUGAAUCUCUUUAGUGAAACUACAUCUACAUCUUGUUUGCUUUUACAUUUUUUUAGUGUUGUUAGGAGUUUCAUUUUUUAAUGUUUAAUUUAUGCAUUCUCCUAUGUUUGUGUUUAGGUAUUUUAUCAAAUCUAUGUACAAACUGUUAACCCAAUAGACACCUCUGGUAUCAGUACAAGUGCAACUCUUAUUAUAAAGUACUUUAAAAUGUCUUUCAAAGUUUUGUCUCUUUGGUAUACUUUAUUUUUAAUUUAUAUGCUGUUUAUGUAACAAUCAUAAUAUCUGAUUUUGUAAUUCUUCUAAUGUUUGUAAUUAAUAAAUAUUUUUACUAUGAAAUUUGAACCUGAAUGAUUUUCUGGUUUAUACCUGUCUGUAGCAUCCGUAGAUUGUAGUAAAGGUAGGCUUCUCUCUUUAUAUAAUCAUAGAAUUUUUCAUUUUGACUGUAACUGGUGCAUCACACAUUGUUAAUGGUCACUCAUAGCAGAUUUAAUAGUUAUGCAAAGCUGUUCUGAUUAAGAUGCUGUAUCACAAUUAUAAACUUGUUCUUCUUGGAAAUGUCCAACAAAAAAAAAAACAUUUGUUUAUUUUAUUUUUAAGUAGAAUUUUAGUCAUUAUUUUUAAAUGGAAAAAAUAUAUUUUGAUAUGUAUAUACAGAAAUCUACCUUUUUGUUUUAAAAACUAUUAUAUAUAAAAUACGAAAGUUUACACUGUUUAUAUGAUUUUAAGCAGGGGUCUCCAAACUUUUCAGUCCGAGGGCCGCAUUAACUAACAAAUUUCAGUUCGGGGGCCAGUUUCUUCCAGGCAUGUCUUUGAUUUUCUGGGCAAAGUUCCUCAGCCAUCACCUACAAACGUAUUUUCCGUGGACAAAAAGAUCUCCGCGGGCCGGAUGAGAGGACCUCGCGGGCCGCAUCCGGCCCGCGGGCCGUAGUUUGGAGACCCCUGAUUUUAAGAAAUUUUUCUGUUGAUGAAAAAUGUAAUUGUAAAAUGUGAUAGGAAUUUGUGAUCAGUUUAGCUGAUGUGAUUGAUUCACUUUGUACUUUCAUACCUAUAUCCAUAUACAUUAGUGUAAAUGUAUUUGCUUUAUCCUGCUUGUUGUUGGAGGUGUCUGAAGUAGGGUAGUCAUCCUCGACCUGUUUUGUUUUAGUUUCAUACAGAUAUGGUGUGAACGAAAUCAAAAUGACAGGUCUUAAACUUAAUAAGUAUAGUUGUUACUAUUACGUUGAGUUUGGCUGCUAUUACUUCUUCUAAUACAGGUGAAUGGUUUUAAUCUUGUGAGAAUUUAAUGGCCUCUUGAUAUAAUUGUUUUAGAAAAGUUUUAAUUUUUAUUGCAAAACUUUUGUCUCAAUUUUACAUGCAAAAACACUAUUUCUAAAGUGCUUGAUAAUGUAUUUUGAUGUAUUUUGUUGUUUUUACUCUUAAAGUAAAUAUUUCAACAGUUUUAGUGAAAAGACACAUCUUAAUACAAAGGUCAACAUAGUUACUGACCACUUAAUUUCAUGGACACAUGUUUAAAUUGUUGGAUAAUUUAUUAAAUUAAAAACAUCACUGUACUCUUGCCUUAUAGAGACAGGAGCACAUUUCCCUGGCAUGUUUAGCUUAUAGCACCUAUGCCAGGUAUUUUAUUGCAGAACUCCACCUGCAAUAAUUUGAAUAACCAUGUGUAUAAAUAAUUCUGCGAAUGGCAUAUCUACUCCACUGUCCUAGCAUUGUGUUGUUAUGGUCUGAAGCUGCUCACAUUGUUUUCCCAUUUGUUGAUGAUGUCUAAUUAACAUAUGAUUAAUGUUACACACAGCUAAAUAAAAAGUCUGGCCUAAUGUAUAGAUUUUUGAAAGUAUUUAUCUUGAUACCAGUGUAUUAUGUUAACAUGAAGUGCUGUAUUCAUUGUCUGUGCCAUACAUAAAUGAACUGUGAACAUUUACAUAAAUGAUAUUUGAAAUAAAUAUAAAACUACUAA